CCGUCAACAACUGGACUCCAGCUAUUUGUAUUUUCACUGCUAGCCUGCUAACGAUGAUUCAUUGCGUUCGAAAAAAAGCAAAUUAACCCACUCUGGGUGGACAUUUAUUCUUCUGUACUGUGCUCGAAACAUACUCCAUCGAAAGCUGGUGCCGAUGUGCAUUAAAUGUGAGUUAAAGGGCCGACGACAGCGGAGAAAUCUUCUGGCUUUACCGUCCUUUAGCCGCCUCGGAGAGCAGCUACUGCUAGCACCUCCGGAGAGAGUUAGCUGGCUGACAGCUGGCUCGGCUAGCUACGUGCCUUCGACAGUAGCUAAGAUUUACUCCCCGAAACAAUGCAUUGCCUCUGACAUUGAGAGGACUGAGGCCCAGUUGGUUGUCACAUUGGACUAACCAAAACUAGCUGAGGUGCCAUUGAAGAUAACAGGGUGAUCCGUCAUUACACCUGCCGAUGCACCCCUGGUUCUGAUCAGCAAGAGCUGCCAAUAUGAUGCCGAUGAUAUUGACGGUGUACCUCAGCGAUGGGGAGCAGGCUGUGACGGAGGUGCCCAUCACCCCUGAGACCACGUGCCGGGAUGUCGUUGAGUUCUGCAAAGAGCCCGGCGAGAGCGGCUGCCACCUAGCUGAAGUCUGGAGAGGCAACGAGCGAGCGAUCCCCUUCGAACACAUGAUGUAUGAACAUCUGCAGAAAUGGGGGCCUCGGAAACAAGAAGUCAAGUUCUUCCUCCGGCAUGAAGACUCGCCAACAGAGAGCAGCGAUCAAGGGAGUCAGCAGUCUCAGGAUCAGACGAGUCGCAGAAGUGGAAGCAGCGGAGAGAAGAACAGUGAGAACGGGGUGGGGAAUCAGCGUGUGGAGCUCACGCUGUCGGAGCUGCAGGAGAUGGCCACACGGCAGCAGCAGCAAAUCGAGGCUCAGCAGCAGAUGCUCGUCGCAAAGGAGCAACGUUUGCGUUACCUGAAGCAGCAAGAGCGGCGUCAGCAGCAAACCGUUUCAGAGAGCGAGAAGCUGCAGAAGCUGAAGGACCGCGUGGAGAACCAGGAGGCAAAGCUCAAGAAGAUCCGGGCAAUGAGAGGCCAGGUGGACUACAGCAAGGUCAUCAAUGGCAACCUGUCGGCAGAGAUAGAGCAAGUCAGUGGCCUGUUCCAGGAGAAGCAGGCCGAGCUGCAGUCUGCGGUGCUGAGGGUGGAGCAGCUCAGCCUGCAGCUGGAGGACCUGCGGAGGGGGAAGCUCAACGGCAUACAGACCGCUCUGGGGGGCCAGGUCACCGGCGCUGCAGCCCUGGAGCUCCGUAAACUCUACCAGGAGCUUCAGAUCCGGAACAAGUUGAACCAGGAUCAGAACAGUAAACUAAAGCAGCAGAAGGAUCUCCUCAACAAACGCAACAUGGAAGUGACGCUCAUGGACAAACGCAUCAGCGAGCUGCGGGAACGUCUCUACAAGAAAAAAGCUGAGGCACGUCAAAAAGAAAACCUUCCUCUGAACAGAGCCAACGGGCCGCCCUCUCCUCAGCCGGCUGCUGGUACUGUGGGCCGCGUUGCUGCUGUGGGGCCGUACAUCCAGGUGCCUGUACCGGGCAGACAGGAAGGAGGCUACAACAUGCCCCCUGAUCCCCUGAAGCCUCAGACUCUGGGCGUCAAUAACCAAGCCAACCACGGCCGCACCAAGUCAGACGGUGUGCGAAAGCCUCCCGGCCCUUGGAAAGUGUCUGAUUUAGACAUCGUUGUGGACCCGGUUCCCCCAUCCCUUCAGGAAUCUCAGUCGGGCUCCGGAGCCUCCACUGGCUCUGACGGCACGUCCCCGAGUGAUGCUGGUUGGCCUACUUUAGGCAAGACAAACACAACUCUGAAGCCUCCUGAGAGACGAAACUCAGGGACUGACACCCAGGGCAAGAGCCCUCCCUCACCCAUCGCUCCGAGUGCAGAAAAGGUGCUAGACUCCAAAAUGGUUGUGUCGUCCCCCGCCAUAUCAAAGCCACAGCCGCCUCCCUAUGGCUCCCACAUCAUCUCAGCAAACGCAGCCACCACUUUGGAUCGACGCAAGGAUGCUCCUCCUCCUCGCCCGCUCCCAAACCCGCCAGCUCCGGCUUGGCCCCGCAACACCCCCGCCUCCACAGGCUCGUCCUCGCAGCAGAUCCAGCAGCGGAUCUCGGUGCCGCCAAGUCCCACCUUCCAGCAGAACGCACCGCUCUUCCCUCCGGGGCUGAGCGAGCGGCUGGAUCCCCCGCCAGCUGUGACAGUACGCCCCUUCAUCCCAGACAGAGGAUCACGGCCGCAGUCUCCCCGAAAGGGCCCACCUACCAUGAACUCCAGCUCCAUCUAUCACAUGUACCUCCAGCAGGCAGCACCAAAGAGCCAGCCACUCAAGCCUACGCGCAAAGCAGUGUAUGGGAAGCCUGUCCUCCACCCCAGCUCGACCCCCCCCUCGCCUCUGCCGUUCACCCAGGCCGGAGGGGCCUUCCCGUUGCUCCAAGGCCAGCUCGUUGGUGAGGACUCGUUGGACGGAGAAUUUGAUGAUCAGGAGUUCUUCCAGCACCCAGAGCCCUUAGCGCCUCCUCCCAGUGUGGAGAACAUCCCUCGCCCGCUCAGCCCCACCAAGCUGACACCCAUGGUACACUCCCCGCUGCGCUACCAAAGCGACUCCGAUCUCGAGGUGCUCCGUAAAAAGCUGGCCAACGCUCCAAGACCGCUGAAGAAGCGCAGCUCCAUCACAGAGCCAGAGGGCCCCAGCGGACCCAACAUCCAGAAGCUGCUCUACCAGAGGUUCAACACGCUGGCAGGAGGCAUCGAGGGAAAUGGAGUCAGCGGAUCGGGAGGAGGCAACGGUGCAGGUAAUGGAACGCCGUUUUAUCAGCCGGCGAACCCUCCUGCGUAUCUGGGAGGCGACUCUGGGGCGGAUACAGACAAUGGCAACCUCCCCUCUGAGACGCCGCUUCCUCCACCACCGGGGGCGGAGGAGCUAGCCGGUUUGAUUUCACCGACUGACGCCAACGACAACGAGUCACUGCCCUCUCCACCAGAGCUGGAUCCCGCUGAAGACGAGGAAGCAGAGGACGACAACAACAACAACAUGGGGGGCUCCGAGGCAUCGCUGCCCAGCCCCGUGCUGGAGGUCAGCACUCCAGAGGAGAGCGGCACUGCCAGCUCACAGCUUCUGGAGAAGCGUACAAACCUGAAGAAGCCGGACUCUGAGCGUACGGGCCACGGCUUCAGGGUGAAGUUCAACCCCCUGGCUCUCCUGCUGGACGCCUCACUGGAGGGAGAGUUUGACCUGGUCCAGAGGAUAAUCUAUGAGGUAUGUCACGACUGUGUGGAGAACCCGAGCACGGCCAAUGACGAGGGCAUCACCCCCCUGCACAACGCGGUGUGUGCGGGACAUCACCACAUAGUCAAGUUCCUGCUGGAUUUCGGUGUGAACGUCAAUGCUGCAGACAGCGACGGAUGGACUCCACUUCACUGUGCCGCCUCCUGCAACAGCGUUCAUCUCUGCAAGGUGCUAGUUGAAUCAGGGGCCGCCAUCUUUGCCAGCACCAUCAGUGAUGUGGAGACUGCUGCAGAUAAAUGCGAGGAAAUGGAAGAGGGCUACAUCCAAUGCUCGCAGUUUCUCUACGGAGUUCAAGAGAAGCUGGGCGUAAUGAACAAGGGCACAGUGUACGCUCUGUGGGAUUACAAAACUCAGAAUCCGGACGAGCUGGCGUUCAGCGAAGGAGACGCCAUCACCAUCCUGCGGCGACAGGACGACAGCGAAACAGACUGGUGGUGGGCGCGACUCGAAGACACCGAGGGCUACGUGCCACGCAACCUGCUAGGGCUCUAUCCCCGGAUCAAGCCUCGUCAGCGCUCCCUGGCGUAGUGUCUCACUCCUCUCUCACUCCGCUGACCACUGGCUAACAGCUGGACUUGUGACACAAAGAGCAGAGAACAAACGAGCCUGGUGCUCUGUCUUCUUCCCGCCGCCAUACCCCCCCCUCCCUGUCCCCCUCCCUCAGCAAGCAAUGGGCACCAAACUGACACACGUGCACACAAGUGCAACAAAACACUUGCACUCCAAAUGCGAAAAAAUCUGUUAAACCACUCCAUCGUAACCCCCCCCCCCCCAUCCUCCACCCCUUUUGCUCAUUCAUCUUGCUUUUACCGCCGUUCAGUGUCAGCUGUGUAUCAGAUACUUGAAGAAUAAAACACUAACCCAUGUUUAAGUAUUCAUUGCAGCCAUGAGUUCUACAAUGGUGCUGGUCUGUAUGACACUACAUAAUGACUGAUCUUCUCUAAUGGUGAGACAUUGCAGAUUGAGGUUAGAAAAAUAGACAGAAAUAGUUUUUUAUGCCAAUUUGAUCCCCUUGCAUGAAAAAACACUGAUGCAGAAAAAUGUGUUUUAUCUUGCUGUAGUCUAACCACCAAAGAUGAAUAUAGAUUUAACAAUGUUUAAAUCCUAUUACUCCCCAAGGCCUCACUGUAUUGUUGAGGUGAGGAGUGAGAUAAUCAAUUGAUUUGCUGCUUUCAGAAAUUAAUGAUGAUUAAGAUUCCCUUUUUCCCUCAAGACUUUGAAGGGACAAACGGAAAGAAAGUUUAGAUCCUCAGUAUUAACUCCACAGGCCAGCCAGAACAAAUCCAGCGUAGUGAAAGAAUUGCAUUUCAUGAACAUCAUUACAAAACAUGUUUUUUCAUUCAGUGUGAUCUGUUCAGAUUCUGUAUGCGGGAGUAUUAUGGGUUAUCCAGUUUGUAAUAUGAGAUUUCAAGAUCCAAAUAUUUACGCAGAGUUUGUAUUUUUGGUAAUCUGAUGGUCCUUGAAAUGGACGGCUCAUGCUAUUGUGAUUGAAAUGGGCAACGAACAGUAUUUUGCUUUACCAAAAAAAGGUUGCCAAAUUAAGAAGCUGUGUCUGCACAACAUCUGUAGAGUGUGAUCCAAGCUUACAAAUGUAAAUCUAUUAUAUUACUGUUGCAGCAUUAAAAAAUAGCAAAAAGACACAGACAGAAAUAUGCUAAUUAAUUUGUGCUAUUUUUAAGUCGUUACAGUAUGUAUUACCUUUUUUAAGCAUUUAUGAGUUGUUCCUCACUUCAGAGAAUCUGUUUUUUUCUGACUUCUGGCACUUGACCUUUGAUUUUUUCCUAUGAUUUCACUGGCGAAACAUGUGCAAGCAGUAUUUCUAAAUCAAAGGAAACCUGCUAUUUAAUGAAAUUCAGACACUCCACACCAAAAAACACUGAAAUAAUCACUCCAACCAUCAAACAGACUUUGUAGACCUCACUAGACAAAGUUAACACUCAAAAUGUGUGAUCUUUUUUUUCAAAUGUCUCUCGUCAUCUUAGGUUGCAGUUAUUUUUUUGGAUGCUGUGACAAACAAACCCCACCUUAACUCAGGACCAACACGGUGCUGCUGACACAGUUCCACCACUAAACUAGUGAUCAUAUUUCUAUUUUCUAUCACAUCACCUUCAUUUGAGCAGCGAAACAAACAAAAACACAGUCCAAAUUCAAAUAAAUAGAAUCAGCAAUGGGCAUAACUUAUUGAUCAAUGAAGAGACGGUUAUUGUGUUUAAAUGUUUAGAUUCAGAUUUCGAAUUUGCUUCAGACAAUCCUGAAUUGGCCAAGUUCUCUUCUUCCAGCUGCCCCCUUUCAGGUUUACACCAUUCCUGUAACACUAAUACAUGUGUUUGUCACAUAAUUCAACAUCAACAGUCCAUCAACUUGUUCCCGAACCCUGAGUGACUGAGUGUAAUGCCAAGUGUGCUAGUGGCCCAUGCUUUAUCAUGGCUUCAUCUGUAUCCAGUGUGAGGAGAUGUGUUCUAUGUCUGUUUGCUGUAUGAAGAAGUGGGCUUGCUGUAUAAACGCUGUACUCACACAUUGAGUUCUGUAAAUGUGAAUAAUAAAACAGAAGCUCUGGCAUGACAAAUGUAUUUCAGUGUCGUAUCCGCAAAAUAAUUCAAAGAAUGCAGUGUUGCAUUUUAUAAAACGUUUAAAUAUUG